UUCAACCAGCAGCUUCGUGAUGCUACGUCAUGGACAACGAUCCAUUUUCGUUUGAGAGGUAUGUCGCAAGAGCAAGCGCAGCCAGCCAUCCGCACCGCCAAUGUGUCCGUGGUGGACUACGCCACGUUGGCCCAAGGAGGCGACUGCGGGGCGCUCAUUGAAGCCGCAUUUGGUCCCGACGGGUUGGGCAUUCUGGCUGUUGCUAACGUGCCGGACAUUGAAGCUCGGCGCGCGCGCUGCUUGCCGCUGGCGUUCAAAGUUGCCACCUUGUCGGACGAAGUGAAGCAAAAGUACGAGCUCGGAAGUGCGUACUACAGCUUUGGAUGGAGCCAUGGCAAGGAGAGUUUGCAAGGCAAGCCAGACUUUUCCAAGGGGUCGUACUACAACAACCCACGCACAAACCGACCCACGGAAGACGAACACUUGAUGACAACGUUCCCGACGAUGUACCACCCGAAUAUUUGGCCCACGGAUGAGGUGCCCGACCUUGAACCUGCCUUCAUGUCGCUGGGCCAAUUGAUCAUCGACACGGGUCUCUUGGUCGCCAAGCAAUGCGAUGCCUACGUCGAGUCCAAGUGCCCUACGUACGAAGCAGGGAAACUGCAUCGCCGCAUCACGUCCAGCCGCGUUCCAUGUGGUCGACUCUUGCAUUACUUUGCAUUGGAUCCAAAGGACACCGUCCCUGCCCCUCCUACUACUACUAAUAGCCCGAUGACCGAACGAGAUUUCUCCAACUGGUGCGGCUGGCACAACGACCACAGCGCGUUGACCGGUCUUGUCCAAGCCCUCUUCACAGACAUGGACGGGAACGUCGUCGAGAACCCUGACCCAGCAGUAUAUAUAUAUGUUCAUGCACGAUACAAACUUCUCGAUGCAUUUCAUUCACGCCACUUAUAUGUCAGGCUGGGCUAUACAUCAAGACACGACGAGGGAACAUCGUCAAAGCUGUGAUCCCCACGGGCCACCUCGUGUUUCAGAUCGGCGAGUCGUCCCAGAUUCUCACGGGAGGCAUCUUGCAGGCGACGCCGCACGCCGUCCGUGGCCCCCAAGUGACCGGUGUGAACCGCGAGACCCUCGCGGUGUUUAUGAGUGUCGAGCACGACGAGCCCAUGCGCGUGCCAGACACGAUGGAUCCGCACGCAGCCGGCCAAACGACGCACUUGCCCGCGGGGGUGCCGUCGUUGCUGUCUCGAUGGAAAAACUCGAUGCUGUUCCACGAGUUCACAGCCAAAACGCAUAAAGCGUACUACGACUUGCAGCACCAGUAGCUAGCGUUCAUUCCAGGUGUUUCUGUUCCCUCGUAGACUACUUACCUUCAAUGGAACGUCGUGCGCGAUGGGCGUACUGUAUCAUGGCAUGUUACAGCACUACUAUAUAUCAACAUUCAACCCCCCUUGAGUCGC